CCUUCCUCUUCAGACUUCGCCCGGCUACCCAUCCACUGGUACUUCUUAGCUCACACACACGAGUUGCAAGUGCUUCUUGAACAAACAUGGCAGCUGCUCGUGGAGGACUCGUCCUCGGCCUUUGCACCGUCCUGAUCGUGUCCAUCACGGUCACAAACGCCGAGGCAGCGUCGGUCGUCGUCGGCUUGGCCAAGUGCGCCGACUGCACCAGGAACAACAUGAAAGCCGAGCAAGCUUUCAAGGGUCUUCAUGUGGCUAUCAAGUGCAAGAACAGCAACGACGGCGAGUACGAGAGCAAGGCCGUGGGCACGCUCGACGGUGCCGGCGCGUUCAGCGUGCCACUGGCCUCAGACCUCCAUGGAGCCGAUUGCCUCGCGCAGCUUCACAGCACGGCCAACGGGCCUUGCCCCGGGCAGGAGCCAUCCAAGAUCGUGCCACUGUCGAAGGCCGGAACCUUCGGAGUGGUCGCCGGCAAGACACACUACCCGUCGGUGGUAUGCGCAUCAGCCACCUUGUGUGAGCCCAUCAAGAAACACAUCAUCAACCAUUUUCACAAGAAAUCCGUGCCACCGAAGCCGGAACCCAAGCCACAGCCCCAGCCGGACUACCACCCCGUCCCUCCCACUCCCACCUACGGAGGACACCCCGCGCCCAUUUACCACCCUCCGGCACAGCACUAAUUAACCUCUACAGGAUGCUUCAUGGCUGGGGGUCGAAUGCGUUCAUCAUUCAGUUAUGUCAUUCGGUUGUGUCAACGAGCCUCUUUUCAGAUUACGCCAUGAGACGACCGAGUGUGGAAUUGGAAGCGCGUGCGUGCAUUGUUAGCUUUCAUCCACGAGAGUGGAGUAUAUGUAUGUAUGCGGAUUUGGUAGGGAGCGGUCGCAUGAGAAUUUGAUUUUCACAGUCAACAGUGUGGUCCGUCAGAUCUACGUCAAGAUUCGUGCAAAUACGUCCCACUUGGUAAAUAAAGAAACAACUGGCCUAGUGGUGCAGCGUUGCCAGCAAUUUGCAGAGAUCCUGGGUUCGAGUACGCGCGUUGCUGUAUUUUUAUUUUUUUUCUUCAAUUUUUCUUCUUUUGCUUGGUUUUUUGUUUCAUUAUACCUUCUAUUUUGUGUUCCUUUUUCAUAUGUAACGCUAGUUAAGACAGUAAGUUGCAUGCUAAAUUAAUAUUACACAAAAUAUAUACUUUCGCACUAAUGUAAAAUAGCAAUAUUUCACAUUUAUUUAUUUAUCUGUCCGAAUUUUGUA